AUGGAUUACACCGGCGGCACCGCGGAGGCCGAUCAUCUCUGCGUCUUGGUCCACGGGCUUUGGGGUAACCCCAACCACAUGGCCCAGAUCGCCAAAAGCCUGCGAGCCAAGUACCCCGCCGACAAACUUUACCUGCUGCUCGCGAAACGCAACAGCGGCUCCUUCACCUACGACGGUAUCGAGCGUGGCGGCGAGCGUGUGUGCGCCGAAAUCGAGGAGGAGCUGCGCCUGAUUGAGGCAAGGGGCGGCAAGAUCACUAAGUUGAGUAUCGUGGGAUACUCACUCGGUGGGCUUGUCUCCCGCUACGCCGUCGGCCUGCUUCAUUCCAAGGGCAUCCUUGACAGUUUGGAAUGCAUGAACUUUGUCACAUUUGCCACUCCUCACCUGGGUGUCCGCACGCCGCUCCGCGGAUGGCACAACCAUGUUUGGAAUGUCCUCGGCGCCCGCACUCUUUCCAUGUCCGGCCGGCAGCUGUUCACUAUUGACGACUUCCGCGACACUGGCCGACCGCUGCUCGCCAUUCUGGCCGACCCGAACUCCAUUUUUCUCGCCGGCCUGAAGCGUUUUAAGCGUCACACGCUCUACAGCAACAUCGUCAACGAUAGGAGCGCCGUGCACUACACCACCGGCAUUACCAAGACUGACCCGUACACCAACCUCGACAAGGUCAAGUGCAACUUCGUCGACGGCUACGAGGAUGUCAUUCUCGACCCCAACCACCCGGUCGCACCCAAGCCCAAGGUUUCCGAGCCGGCCACUCUCUCGUCCGUCGCUGCCGCUGGCUGGAAGGGAAUCAAACGUGUGCCCUUCGUCAUCGCCCUCGUCAUCUUCGUCCCCAUUGGAAUUGUUGCCUUUCUUUUCAGCUCCGUCGUCCAGACAGUCCGUUCGUCAAAACGUAUCCAGCUGCACGAGAAGGGCCUCGCCGGCGUAGCGAUCGACGAGUACCGCGGCCCGCUGUGGAUGAAGGAGAUACGGGAAGAAGUGGAGCACGUCUACGAAACCCUCAACAGCUCGCAGGACCAGGAGUACCUGGCGAGCGAGACGGACGACGACCUGGACGAGGUCGAGAUGGACCGCAGCACGACGCAACUGCUCGCUAGAGAGAGACGCAUGUCGGUGCCGUCCCAGCCCACGCUCGCGCUCGCGCCCUACCAGUUCCAGAUGAUCCAGAGCCUCGACACCGUCGGCUGGCACAAGUAUCCCGUUUGGAUCCACAAGGACCGCCACAGCCAUGCUGCCAUCAUCGUGCGCUGGGAGAAAAAGGGGUUCGCCGAGGGGCACGUCGUGCUGAAGCAUUGGCUGAACGAAGAGUUUGUGGUCUAG